CACGACUGGAGUGAGACGAAGUGAGACGACGGCUGAACUCAGACCUGUGGAAAUGUUUCUACUUCACCUCUUUGUGCUUCAGUCUGCAGCAGUGGCUGCAGUUGUUCAGAAAGCAGGGGAGGACGUCACUCUGACUUGUGAACAUGAGCUGGAGGGUCAGCGGGACUGUAAUGGAACCACGUGGAGAUAUUCUAAACCUGGAAACACUCGCGUAGUAGUGCUGGUUGAACUUGGGAAGAUGAAAGAAAACAAUGAAAUAGAACCAGACAGACUGAAAGUUAAACGUGAUUGUUCUCUGAAGAUAAAGAACGUCACAGAUCAGGAUGUUGGUAUUUAUAACUGUCAACAAUACAAAUCAGACAGUUCAGAGAACCACAUUCUAGUUAACCGGUCUGACAAGCGUCUGUCUGUAGCAACCAUAGUGACUGAACAUGAAGUCGAUGACGAGGAGACACUGAAGUGCUUCGUGACGUCUUCAGAGGAAAACUGUGAACUGGAAGUGAAGUGGAAGAUCAAAGAUCAAGAUAUUGAUAAAGAUAACAAAGAGAUCAAGACAGGACAUAAUAGAUGUUCUGCCACUGUGACUCUUAAAAAGUCACAUUAUCUUCACCCACAAACACACUUCCUGAGCUGUGAAGUGACUGACAGCAGAACAGGAGAAAAGCUUCGUUUCAGUCCUCGACCCUCAGGCUGGUGGUGGUGGUUGUACUUGGUUGUCGCUCUGGGUCUGAUUGUACUCCUGAUCACAGCUGUGGUGAUCAUCAGAUGGAAAAGAACCAAAGGAAAGAAGACAGUGGUGGAUGAAAACACGGCCGACGCUGAGGAUGGGAUUUCCUACGCUACAAUCUCAUACAGCAAGAAGACCAGCAGUGACGUCCGGGCUCAUGGUGGAGAUGGAGAGACGGUGACCUACAGCACUGUGAGAGCUUCUUCUUCUCCUGCAGCAGCCUCCGCUGAGCCCAGCAACCUCUACUCCACCAUCAAAUUCAAAUGAGCGACGAGAAGCAGUGUGAGGACAGUUCUUCCUCAGACUGAUAAAUAUCCUCCAGCUCAGUUUGGGAAGCAGUGACACAUCGAUCCAGAUAGUUUUAUCAUUUACAUUUCAGCUCAACUCCUGAGAAAAAAACAGAUGGAAUCUGAAGGGAAAAUGUUUCAGUUUGGAGACUGACAUGCUUCAUGUUUGAAACAGUGAAUUCACACUGAUUCUUUGGAUUCCUGUGCUCCCUGGAUGGUUUCUUGAUAUUUCGUGUCUGUUUCCCUCUUUGUGUUUCCUCUUCCUGCUGUUUCAUGCCCUGUCAUUUCUUUCCUGCUUUCCUCUGUUGUCUCAGUGUGUGUUGUUGCUUUGUGAUUGUGUUACUUAGUGUAAAUAUUAAUAUUAUAGCUGGGCCGUUAACGGUGAUAAUGUGCUGCGUUAUCGCGAGAGUCUUAUCGCGCGAGAAAAAAAAUGUCGCCGUUAAUCUAAUCUGUCCUUUGCCCCAAAACCGAGAGUCACACCGCGCUCCAGCUGAGCGUCAAAAAAACACACACGCGCUUUUAGUGGUGAAACACGGUCCAUUCCUCAUUAUUUGCCAUAUUGAACUCGGCCGAAUUAUCAGAAAAAU